AUGUCUAUCAUUGAUAACGACGUCGACAUUUCCUGCGACUCCCGCAGACAAUGUGGCCAAAGUGUCGACUCGUCCGCCGAUGAUAUGACUGUUGCUAGUGGUAGUAGUGGCGGCGGCGGCGGCGGAGGACAACCAAUGGCCAAACGAUGUCGAUUGAGUACCGAAGCGGAUGACACGACAACACCGACGGGAGUCGUCGACAGCRACRAYAAUAACUCCAUGACUACWCCAUCGAUAGCCUAUUGGCUGACCAAACCAGUGGCCAACAGUCAACCCGAACAGAUCAAUCAGUUGUGUCCCGAGGUUUUUCCAGAUAAUUUUGGCCAAAUAUUUGAAGGCAACCAAYUGGCGWCGGCUGGUACCGCUACGRUUGGUSUGCAACGACCAUUUGGUGGCCAUUUUACGGCAAAAYGUUCMCCACAUUUGGAACGUAUCAGUYUGUACGGCUGCCCGAACCUGACCUGGAAAGGYAUAACCAUACUGGCCGUACGUUUUCCUCAAUUAAAGUUUAUUGAUGUAUCCAAUUGUGAAUUGGAUGAAAACCGAUUAAGUAUUUUGAUUGAAAACUUGCAAAACUUGAAGAUAAUGAAUGCGAUUAAUCCGGGCCGCGACGUCACUGGCCAAUGUCUGGCCCGAUUGGGUCCAAACAUUCAGGAUAUAUGGAUCGGUUUGAAUCAUUUACGUGACGUUAAUCUAGCUUUGCGGUCACUAGUGUCGGGCAAUGGCAAGAAUUUAGUACAUUUCGGUCUAAUUGUGUCCAAUUUUGCUACGACUGACUUCUCCAUCAUAACCGAUAAUAUGAAAAAUUUGAAAAGUCUUAAACUGACGUUCGGGUCGUACAAGAGUUCGUCGCUGAAAGCGUUGGCAGCCCUGAAAAAUCUGGAGUUUCUCGUAUUGGCCGAAGACUCACGAAACGAUAGCCAAUCGGUACUGACUGAUGACUCGCUGAUUAGUGUACUCAAAGGCUGUACGCAACUGAGAUCGCUGGCCAUUGCMGGUACUAAACCGAAUACCUGCCGGUUUACCCAUCGAUCCAUAGCACAGAUACCACAACUGUGCCGACAUAUGGAACAGAUUCGCUUCUUGAAUGCCCAUAACUUGGCUGAUGAAACCCUAGUAGCAUUGGCAUCGAUACCGACACUACUAGUCCUGCAUUUAUCGUCGAUGAACGGUAUAACCGAUCGUGGUGUAUCGGAAUUUGCCAAAUUGGCUACGAAAGCCCGAAAUUUUCGGGUCAGCGAUUGUACAAAUAUUACCGAAGAAAUUAUCGACGCCUGGAUAGAAGUGGCCACUAGACGAUCGGACGAACGAAUCAAAUUGUUUGUCGAAGGUAUCAAUGUUACCCGCGAUUUAUCCGAUUUACCCGAUAAUCUGAAAUUGGAUAUCAAAAAGUUGCCGGAUGUAUGAUUUUUGGAUWUGGACUGUUUAGGUUACCGUUAAUUAUUUUUUUUUAUAGAAAAAAAAACCAAACAAACGUCUAAUAUAGACAUAAAACAAAAAAAAUUGUCAUUAAAUUGUCGAUAUAUAUAUAUUUAUGAUAUGGAUAUAUAUAUUUAAUUUUUGUCAUUUAAAAUAUAUAUAUAUAUUAUUUAUUUGUAAUAAUUUUUGAAUUAAUAAUUAUA